AUGGAUCUUUUUGCAGUGAUACUGAUUACUAUAACUGCAGUAACAAUUUGUGGGAUUUGUCUAUUUAUUUUUGUCUGUGCCUUCCAACCAAAAUUUUUACGUAAAUUACAUGGAAAAUCAAAUAGAACGCAUCAAGACUCGGAUUCGAAUAUAUCAUUCGAUGAAAAUGAUGAUCAUCUUAGUGUAAAAAGUCUUGAUUUAGCCUUUGAAUCAAAUAAUUUAACAAAAGAAAACUCGUCACUAACAAAUGGUCGAGAUAAAACUGCUUAUUUAAAAUCCUUAGAACGAAGUCUUCGAACAGGACGACGAAUACAAGAUGAUGAAGACAACGAAAAUAAUAACAAAACAAAAUCUUAUUCAAAUCCAUUGAAUUGUCUUCGUCACUUUAUUAACAAACAUAUACGUCGAAGAACAUCUGAUAUACCCGAAAAUACAGAGUUAUAA